GUCCAGGAGGAAGAGGAGGAGGAAGAGAUGGAGGAUGAGGAGAGCUGGAGGAAGAAGAAGAAGGCCGCCAAGGCUGGGACGGCGCUGAGCUGCUCAGGGAGCUGCUGCUCCUCCUUGGCCAUGGCUGUGAAAGACCCUACAGCUGUUGAACGAGCAAAUUUAUUGAACAUGGCUAAACUGAGUAUCAAGGGACUAAUUGAAUCUGCUCUGAGCUUUGGACGAACUCUUGAUUCUGACUAUCCACCUCUGCAACAAUUCUUUGUUGUCAUGGAGCAUUGCCUGAAACAUGGCCUUAAAGUAAAAAAAUCUUUUCUAAGUUACAAUAAAACAAUAUGGGGCCCUCUGGAGCUUGUGGAGAAACUGUACCCAGAAGCUGAGGAAAUUGCUGCCAGUGUUAGAGACUUACCUGGUCUCAAGACUUCAUUAGGACGUGCUCGGGCAUGGCUACGACUGGCACUCAUGCAAAAAAAGAUGGCUGACUACCUACGAUGUCUUAUCUUCCGGAAAGAUCUCCUUAGUGAAUUUUAUGAAAAUCAUGCACUGAUGAUGGAAGAGGAAGGAGUAGUUAUCGUUGGGUUGCUUGUUGGAUUAAAUGUAAUUGAUGCAAACCUGUGUGUAAAAGGAGAAGACUUGGAUUCACAAGUUGGUGUGAUUGAUUUUUCUUUGUACUUAAAGAAUGAAGAUGAUAUAGAAAGCAAAGAAAGAAAUGACCAUAUUGCUGCCAUAUUGGAUCAAAAGAAUUAUGUUGAAGAACUAAAUCGACAACUGAAUAGCACAGUCGGCAGCCUCCAUACACGCGUUGAUUCACUAGAAAAGUCAAACACUAAACUAAUUGAAGAGUUAGCCAUAGCCAAAAACAACAUCAUUAAACUUCAAGAAGAAAACCAUCACUUAAGAAGUGAAAACACACUCAUUUUAAUGAAAACACAGCAUCAUCUAGAGGUGAAUAAAGUGGAUGCUGAUGCAGAACUCCAGACAUACAAACACUCUAGACAAAGCCUGGAUGAAAUGUACAGUGAGGCACACAGACAGCUUCGAGAAGAAUCACAAUUAAGACAGGAUAUAGAAAAUGAGCUGAUGGUCCAAGUUGGUAUGAAGCAUGAGAUAGAACUUGCAAUGAAGUUGUUGGAGAAAGAUAUUCAUGAAAAACAGGACACUCUUAUAAGUCUUCGGCAACAGUUGGAGGAGGUCAAAGCAAUAAAUGUAGAAAUGUACCAAAAGCUUCAGGUUUCAGAUGAGGCAAUGAAAGAAAAGAAUGAAAUAAUUGGGCGACUGGAGGAUAAAACCAGUCAGAUUAAUGCAACUAUGAAGCAGCUGGAGCAAAGAUUGCAGCAAGCAGAGAAGGCUCAAAUGGAGGCAGAGAGUGAGGACAAGAAAUUUAAACAAGAUUAUAUGAGUAAAUCUGAAAGUCUCCAGAAAGAAAUUUCCCAAAAGGAGAAGCAAGUGUGUCAGCUGGAAACAGAUUUGAAAAUAGAAAGUGAAUGGCGACAGACCAUGGAGGAAGACCUUAAAAAGGAAAAAGAAAUGUCAUCUUCCCUGAAGACAGAGACUCAACAAAUCAUUACUCUUAAAAAAGAGUUCUUAAAGUUACAGGAAAAAAACAAGCAGUUGAAAAAUCUCUGUCAUGACCAAGAAGAAACUCUCCAAGAACUGGCUGGCAAACUUAGCGAAUCAAAGCUUAAAAUAGAAGAUAUAAAAGAAGCAAACAAAGCUUUACAGGGGCAAGUAUGGCUGAAGGACAAAGAUGCUACUCACUGCAAAUUAUGUGAAAUAGAGUUUUCGCUUUCCAGGAGGAAGCAUCACUGUAGGAACUGUGGUGAAAUAUUCUGUAAUGCCUGUUCAGACAACGAACUGCCUUUGCCAUCUUCACCGAAGCCUGUACGAGUCUGUGAUUCUUGUCAUGCGCUGCUCAUACAGAGGUGUUCUUCUAAUGUGCCAUAAGAGUCAUCUGAAGAAGAUUUUAUAAACUGUCACUUUACAACUAGGAUGAGUUAUUCUAAUGUCGCUAUACAUACUUCUGCAACAAUACAAUGUUUGUAUUGUUAAAAACAUCUGAAUAACAUACGGACUCCUGAAUUUUUGUGCCAUUGUGACAUAUUCCUGCAGUACCAGCAUGAUGACAAGUUUUGUGAGUGAUUGAUAUGCAUCUGCUUGUGCAACAUAUUUUAUUAUCCAUCUUUUAUGAAGUAGGCAGGAAUGUUUAUCAUUCAGCAGAACCAUUCCAAUAGAAAAUGUAGAAUUUUGCAUUAUUAUAUUAUAAUUUACAAGUUCUUAAUCAGGGAACAAGUUGACUGUGGCCAAAAAAGCCUUGAAGUCAAAGAAGAGCUGAACAGGGUUUUAAGGAUUGUACACUGAAGUACACUAUUAUGUGCAGUAUCCCAAUAUUUGAGUUGCUUUAACUGGAGUCAAAAUUAAUUGGGCAGAUGAAAAAGUAAGCAAAUGGAUCUACUAGAAACAGAAUUUAGUUGGCUUUGGUGGGGCAAUACUUAAUCUCCCUGCUAUAAAUAUCUAAAAAAACUAACUUAGGGUGCACCUACACUGUAAAAAUAAUGCAGUUUGAUACCAUUUUAAGUGCUGCAGCUCCAUCCUAUGGAAUCUUGGGAUUUAUAGUUUUACAAGUCUGUAGUCGACUCUGUAAAAGAGUUCUGGCCCCUCACAAAACUACAAAUCCCAGGAUUGUGUAGAUGGAGCCAUGGCACUUAAAGUGGUGUCAAAUUGCAUUAUUUCUACAGUGAAGGUUCCCCCCCUAUACUAGGACCCUAUAUUUUCAAUAAAUGUUGUUACACUGAUAGUGGAGGGGGAAAAUGACAGAGGUGGUGAGAAGCAUAAAAAGGCUCAUUGCAACACAAUGGAAGGAAGCUGCUCCAAGUUGCCUGAGUCUUCUGGGACUAUUGCCUCUCCAUUGGUACAGAAGAUUUUCCAAGCCAUCCUUCCCAUACUUCCAUAACUCCGUGGCCUUCUCAUCCAUUGAGAAACAGGUGGUUUGUUGGAGCCUGCAGCCUCCUCCUGUUGCAUCUCAGCUGCUCCUAUUGUUUUGCCCUAUGUGACCCCAUAGAAGUUUCAACCACUAGCAUAAAGUGAUGUUACAGGAACAAAUUGCCUAAAUAGAGUCCUGGCUAAAGAUCCCAGCCUCUUUGCCAUCUGUAUUGUGGCCGAUAUAGGAAAGGAGGUGUUUUGACUUGAUGGGUAGGUUCAGGCAAUUGGAGGGGAAUAUUGAAUAGCUAGGAAUCAUUGGACUUUGUGUUGGAGAUCUAUCAAUGCAUUGCUUGAGAGGAACCCUUGGAUUUGUAUGAUGAGUACAGGAGAGGGACUAAGAAAGAAGGCCAACUGAAAGGGGAGUAUGGUAAGAACAUGUUUGUCAGAGUGCCUUGGAGUGGAUUGUGUGGAAAUUGAGUAUACAGAAUGACAGAGGUAACUGAAAGCUGAAUUACUGAAAUUUGGAAGAUAAAAACACUAGAGUAUAUAAAGCCUAAUUCUUAAGAGUACUUACAGACUAAACCUCGCUUUAAGUAAUUAUUUUAGAAACAAGUCUGGUCAAACAUUUUUGUUGCUGAUAGAGAGUUUAUGCAUAUGCUGUCUGAUCAGGGCUUGGAAAUACUGCCAUUUUGCCUCCAGUUCCCAGAAUUAUUACUGUAACUGAAGAGACUCCAGCACCGGCCAAGUUGGGUGAGAGAUUCUGUGAUUUGUGGUUCAUAAAAGAACUUUUAUGAACUCUGGCUUUCACGAAAACUCUGCAGUAUAUACAGCCUCGUUUCAGAAUUCUUACCUUUACAUCAGAGGGAAAAUCAAACAUUCCUUCAGAUGUUGUUGCACUUCAAAUCACAGCAGCCUUUGCCAGCAGAGCCAGUUGUAGGGAAGGCUGGUUGCUGCAGUGCAAUAUGUGAUCCCCACCCCCUACUUUAGAUUAUCUGUAGGUGUGUAUCAUAUACAUUAGUGGUGAGCAUCUGUUGUUAGAUAAUGUGCAAUUCCUAUGAACUUUCACCAUGGGCUAUUCUAGCUAAAGCUGGUAAGAUUGCAGUCCAGCCUCUAGAGACUCCUUUUCCACCCCCUGUUUCCAGACUUACUGAGUGCAUAAGGAAACCACAUAUUUUCAUUAGCAUUUCAGAAAUAGCAGUUGCUUGUAGACUUCAAAGCACAGCUAAAAAAAACCUCUCUAAUACAGUAAACAUAAUGAAACAUACAAAGAUGAAAUUAUUUAUGACAUUUUAUUUCACUUGCUAAUCUGAUCUAUAAGGAUUAGAGGAAACGUUUUUCUCAUAAUUUAACUCCAAUUUGAUACCUUGUUUCAUUUUAAAAAUAAAAAGUCUGCCUAGAACCACUAGUGCCUAACCUUAGCUUUGAUAGUUGUUACCUGAAAAGGUGAACUGUGAUAAGAACUAUGGUUAUAGAAAAAUAUUUGAGGGUAAGGUGUUGCUAACUUAUCUCCUCAGUAAGUAUUAAUUUCCUUCUCAUGUUUUAUGUCAUGACAUAGAAAAAUUCAACAAACGAAACUGUUCCCUGAAUAAUGCCACAAUUUCACUUGCUGAAUUUCUGCCAGCCGUCUAAGCUGUUAAAAGCACAGGAGCCCUGUGCAUGCCUUGUAGCUCCAGCAGUAGUGGUAGAUAUUCAAAUACUUGAUUGCCAUCAGGAAUAAAGUGUACCGUGUAAAAAGCACAACAGUGCAGAUAGCUGAUGUAACGGAUCACUUCCUUACCCCUAAGAUAACUUGAAAGAGGAGAGAAUUAAACAUUAAUUUUUAUUAGCUAUAGUUCAAAAAAGAUACUUCAUGCAGAAAUGGAAACCUGUGGCCAUUUGAUAAAAUACUCAGAAAUAAACUGUAUACACUACUGUUAAACCCAUUGGAAACCACUACAGUUGUUUUCAGGAGUACUUAUAUAUAGUUUAUUAAAAAUGGGGACCCUUGUUUUCACAUAUUCCUCCCAUUGAGGUGUGUGUAGAAUAAAUGGGCACAAAAGAGCAGCCUGGGUCCACUCCGACUAGAAAUGGGUUGGAACCCCACCAUCCACAUGGCCUGCUCCCAAGGCAGGCUGUGGACGCAGGGGCCAACCAGUGCCACCAGGAGUUGGACUAUCCCGGCUCCUUUUUGCUCUGGUCAUAAGAACUAGAGCGUGGCUUUGUCAUGGCCUCCAGCUGCUUUGGACACAUACAUCGUUUAAACACUACACCUCCAAAGCAUUUUGUAUAUGCACUACAUAGAAUUAAAUCCCACUUAAUUAAAUUGCACUGUACAUUUUAUUGCUAAUGUGCAUUUAUACUGCUUAAAAUAA